AUGGGUGUUCCAAAGUUCUUCAGAUGGAUGAGUGAGAGGUAUCCCUCAAUCUCGCAGUUGAUUGCGGAGAAUAGAAUACCAGAGUUCGACUGUCUGUAUUUGGAUAUGAAUGGUAUCAUUCAUAAUUGUACACACAAAGACUCCGACGAUGCGACCUUUCGUAUGACAGAGGAGCAGAUGUUCAUUGCAAUUUUCAAUUACAUUGAGCAUCUUUACGGGAAGAUUAAGCCAAAGCAGCUUUUCUUCAUGGCUGUGGAUGGAGUGGCUCCUCGCGCAAAGAUGAACCAACAACGAGCUCGAAGAUUCAGAACGGCAUUAGAUGUUGAAAAUGCUAGAGAGAAGGCAAUUCAGGAAGGAAAGGAAAUGCCCAAAGAGGAGGCGUUUGAUAGCACGGAAUUUAUGCAAAAGUUGACUCUUCAACUAAAAUACUUCAUUGCGAAGAAGAUCUCGGAGGAUGUGGAUUGGCAAGGAACCGAGAUUGUGCUCUCAGGACAUGAGGUACCAGGAGAGGGAGAACACAAAAUCAUGGAGUAUAUUCGCCUCAAGAAAGCACAACCGGAUUAUGAUCCUAAUAGACGUCAUUGUCUUUAUGGUUUAGAUGCAGACUUGAUUAUGUUGGGAUUGUUGAGUCAUGACCCUCAUUUCUGCCUCCUUCGUGAAGAGGUUACCUUUGGCAGACAGAGCAAAGCUAAGUCAAAGGAGUUAGAGCAUCAAAAUUUCUAUUUGAUGCAUCUGUGCGUUGUUAGAGAGUAUCUAGAACUGGAGUUUCAGGAGUUAAAGGAAGAGGGGGUUCUAGGGUUUCCAUUCGAUCUCGAGCGCGUUAUUGAUGAUUUUAUCCUUAUGGCGUUCUUUGUCGGGAACGAUUUCUUACCGAAUCUUCCGAAUUUACACAUUAACGAAGGAGCAUUGGCCCUGAUGUUCAAGGUUUAUAAAACCAUUUUGCCUAAGGGUGGUGGAUAUAUCAAUGAGGGAGGAGUCAUCAACAUGAGCCGACUGGCAAUCUUGUUAGAUGAACUAUCCCACGUUGAGUACAGAUUUUUUGAAUCGGAGAGUUCAGACUCAUCAUGGUUCAAGGCUAAGCAGAUGUCAAAGGAGGAUGUCAUGAUAAAAGGCAAGAGCAAGGGUAAACUUGUCAUGACCACGGCACAACAGCAAAUAUGGAAACAAGUCAAAUCCUAUGUUCAAAAGAGAGGAGAAGAACCCUUGGAUCUAUCCGAUAAGUUGCCCGCAGCGGAUAGGAAAUUUGCGCAGGACUUAGCAGAGAGCCUACACCUGGAAUGGAAAACAAUUCAGGGUGAUGAUGGCGAACGUCACAUGCAGCUUUCAUUUCCUGCUAAGUUGAGUGCCGACGACGAAGAAGACGACGACGAAGAAGAAGAGUCUCAACUUGCAAUCAUGCGAAUUGUUAAACGAUACGACAAAGCAGACGUUCUCGAUGUUACUAAAGAACAAGCACAAACUGAGAUGGACCGUAAAUAUGAGGAGAAGUUCCAAGAAUGGAAGGACAAAUAUUAUGAGGGCAAGUUUGAAUGGGAUAGAAAGAACGAAACCGAGUUGACGAAGUUGUGCGAGAAUUACGUCCAGGGUUUACAAUGGGUUCUUUACUACUACUAUCGUGGCGUGGUAUCAUGGCCGUGGUAUUACCAAUAUCACUACUCGCCCAUGAUUUCUGACGUCAUAAAAGGACUCAAGGCUGAUGUUGAUUUCAAGCUUGGUCAGCCGUUCCAUCCAUUUGAGCAACUCAUGGGUGUGCUACCGGAUCGUAGUAAAAAGAUUGUACCAACCGUGUAUCACGAUCUUAUGACCAAUCCCGCCUCUCCUAUCAUCGACUUCUACCCUCGAGAUUUCGAGCUGGAUAUGAAUGGAAAGAAGAUGGAGUGGGAGGCCGUGGUCAAAAUUCCAUUCAUCGAUGAAAAGCGAUUGUUGGAUGCUAUGGCUACGAAGAAUGAUCUGCUGAGCGAUGCUGAGAAGUUUAGGAAUGAGUUUGGAGUUUCUUUGAAGUUCACUUACGAUCCAGAUGUCGACUUCACUUAUCCAUCUUCGUUGAUGGGUAUUUUCCCCGAUAUUGCUCACUGCCACUGCAUUGAAAACAUUUUCGAUCUGCCAACUAUCGAGGGCUUGGACUAUUACCAUGGUCUCAUGGAUGGAGCUAAACUUGGAUCUGCAGCUCUAGCUGGAUUCCCAAGUUUGAAUUAUCUCCCAUAUAAUGCGACACUGGGUUUCCACGGCGUCAACGUUUUCCAGUCUGACAGCCGUAAUGAAAGUAUGGUUGUCACAAUUGAGGACUGCGAAGUUCGAACAAAUGUCAAGAUAGCACAACAGAAACUUGGUAAAAGAGUAUUCGUUGGCUAUCCUUUCUUACAGGAAGGUAAAGUUGUAAAAGUCUCCGAUGAACUGUUCGAUUAUUCGCCUUCCGAAGAUGCCACUGGUCAACCAAUUACUAGGGCACACGGACCUCGUGAAAUCGAUGACUUCCGCAAGAAAGCUGAAAGAAUAGAAAGCACUUAUAGCAAACGCCUUGGUGUUAUCAUUGGAACAGUGGAGUCACUCACUCAUGUGGAGAUGCUGAAAGGCCUCAAGAAGAUGGAUGAUGGUGCAACCAUCAAAGAAUAUGCUGUUAUUCCUGGCCAGGAUACAGACUAUGCUUCGCAAGUCGUAGUGGAUGAAGUUUUCAGCGAAGAUCAGCGAUUUUUAGAGAAAGCUGCUUUACCUGUAGAGGAAGAGUUCCCUAUUGAUGGCAGAAUAUUCUUCCUUGGUGACUUCAACUAUGGCCGACCAGGACUGGUCGAAGGUCACACAGAUCACAAACUCCAAAUUUCUUUGUCAACAAUCAAGGGCAAAGAAGUAGAAUUUGGCAGGAACAUUGUUCAUACCGCCAAAAACACCACUCAAUAUACACCAUCUUUUGCAGUUGCUAAGAUGCUGGGAUUGCAUCCUUUAGUACUCAGCAAGAUCACUUCAUCCUUCCAAGUCUCUGCUGUGGGUCAACUUCGCGUCAAUCUAGGAUUGAAUCUCAAAUUUGAGGGUAAAAAACUCAAGGUUUUAGGUUACUCUCGACGAGCUGAUAAUGGCUGGGAGUUCAGCAACAAAGCUAUAGAACUCAUCAGCACUUAUAUGACCAAAUUUCCUCACUUCUUUGCUGGCAUUCAAAGAAAACCUCAAGGGAAUGAUUAUGAGGAGUCUGACUUUCCUGGUGCCAGUGUUAAAGAGAUCGUGGCAUGGCUCAAAACCAUCGAAUCCAAGAAUUUUGAAAAAGUGCCUUUGGAUGCUGAGCAGCUUGACUCUGAUACUGUAAUGACCAUUGAACAAGCGGCCCAACAUGCUUUGACAACUGGUCCUCAACCUCAACGCACGACUCUUAAGGCUGUUCCACGCGGUGCGCUCUUGAAACCAUCUGAUGCUGAACAACGUUGCGGCAACCAGAGAUUUGCUUUGGGUGAUCGUAUUGUCUAUGUCGCAGAUUCUGGUCGCGUUCCCAUCGCCACACGUGGUACUGUUGUGGGUAUCUCCCGUACUCCACGCACCACCCUCCUCGAUGUUCUCUUCGACGUUACGUUCAUGAGUGGCACAACUCUUGGAGAGCGGUGCUCCCCAUUCCGCGGAUCUACCGUACCAGUUGCCAGCGUACUCAAUCUUACCAACAAGCAAUUAAUAGCAGGCUCUAGAGCCGCUGCUGAGAAGAGACCCGCUCCAACUAGCACGCCUUUGACAGUCAAUGGUGGCUAUGGCUAUGGAAGAGGUCAACAAUAUAGAGAAUCUGGACCACCUCCUCCACUUCGAGGUUCUUUUCGUGGUGCUGUUUCAGGGCCACGCGGAAACUUCGUACCUCGUGGCGGACGUGGUCGUGGUGGAUUCGCCAAUGGAAAUACAUACGGCAAUGCCUCCGAUAAUGCUAGCCCGGCAGUUCAUAGCAGCAUGACUAUUCGGGACACGACACCUGUGAAUACGAGCGGUAACGCCAAUGGCACGCGAGGUCGUGGAAACGCAUUUGCUGGGGGUAGAGGUGGCAGUCCCGCAGCUGGCAACGUGGCAUACAAUAGCGUUCCCCCACCAACCGCAUUGGAUACCCGAGGCAGAGGUAGAGGCCGUGGUGGUAGAGGCCGUGGUGCUUCGAGAGGUAGAGGUGGUGAUCCACAACCUCCUCAAGCUUAG